UUCGGUAUCCGGCACGAACCCGGCCAGAUCUCAAUACCCGUCCCGCCAAAUCUCGGGAGAAUGACGAUAUCCACAGGAGAUUAGUGCGCAGCAAGGAACCUUCCUCAAUCUAUUUGGGGAUAUUAAGCUUCAUACCGUCCUUAAUAGCUAUCAUUUCAGUCUUUUCUUUGGUGUAAAAUUGAUAUAUCCGGCGCAAUGCAAUGAGAGAAAUGUAGCUCUGGACGGAUACUAUUAUCCAGACAAUCGCCUAAAACAUGAGCACAGAUAUUAGCCGCCUACAGAAACCCAACGAGCUUUCGUUUCUAAGAAAGCUGCUGAGUUUUUUCUCGCCCACAGCAUUUAGAUUUUGGACCCUCUGUGACAUGCUAUAUCAACUUGCCACACGCUAUCAACAUGUCUCUAGCAACCAUAUUGAUAGUCUUCGGGCUGCUCAGCCUUGCGCUAUCCCAGCAAAUUGGCAGCAAAAUCCCAGAAGUGCACCCCAAACUGACAACCUACAAGUGCACCAAGGCCGGCGGCUGCACAGCGCACAACACCUCAGUCGUCAUCGACCCGGACUGGCGCUUGGUGACGGCCGUGGGCGCCGAUGGCGGCAUCUGCAAGGAACCCGCCUUCGUCGGAGGCCUAAACAAGACUCUUUGUCCCGAUGCAGCUACCUGCGCUCGGAACUGUGCACUGGAAGGCGUCAACUACACGGCAAUGGGCGUUCGCACCACGAACAACAAUGGCCAAGCCGGCUCGCUGACGCUUAACAUGUACGUCGACGACGUCCCGGUUAGUCCUCGGGUGUACUUGCUCGGCGCCGAUGGAGCCGACUACGCAGACCUUCAGCUGGUGAGCCAGGAGAUUGCGUUCGACGCCGACGUGUCGAAGCUGCCCUGCGGCAUGAACGGCGCCCUGUAUCUGUCCGAAAUGGAAAUGACCGGCGGACGAGGCGACCUGAAUCCGGCCGGCGCGGCCAUGGGCACUGGCUACUGCGACGCGCAGUGCCCGACGGGCUAUACUUGGAUUAACGGCAUUGCAAACCUCAACUCGACCGGCGCGUGCUGCAGCGAGAUGGACCUCUGGGAAGCGAACAGCGCGGCGACGAAAUACACGCCGCACACGUGCACCAAGUCGGGGCUGUACCGGUGCGCGGGCGACGACUGCGGCGUCGAGGGCGUGUGCGCACACACGGGGUGCGGCUUCAACACGUACGUGCAAGGGCACAAGGAGUUCUACGCGCCGGGCGGCACCGUGGACACGCGGCGGCCGUUCACGGUCGUGACGCAGUUCGUCUCGGCCGACAACUCACCACGCGGCGAGCUCGUCGAAAUCUGGCGGCUGUACGUGCAGGACGGGAAAGUGAUCCCAAACCCGCCGGCCGUGUCGGGCAAGGGCGACUCGCUGACGGCGGCCUUCUGCGGCACCGGCACCGCGUUCGCCAGCCACGGCGGUAUGAAGGCCAUGGGCGAGGCGCUGGCCCGCGGCAUGGUGCUCGUGUUCAGCAUCUGGAACGACGCCAACGGGUUUAUGGGCUGGCUUGAUGGUGGCAGCAACGGCCCGUGCAGCGCCACGGAUGGAAACCCCGACAAUAUAAAGGCCACGACCCCGGAUACGUCGGUUGUUUUUUCCAAUAUCAAGUGGGGGGAUAUCGGGUCGACGUACUAGGGUUUAGGGAG